AGCUACACAGAGAAACCCUGUCUCGAAAAGCAAAAAAAAAUAAAUAAAUAAAUUAGAUUUUGAACGUUGAAUCUUGCUGCGACUGACUGCUCCAGGCCAGACGCUGGCUCCACGGAGGAGUACGCUCGCGAACCUUGCCCAUGGCGAAUUGUGGACGAUUGCGGUGAAGCCUUCACUAUGGGUGUCAUUGGUGGUGGAGUCUUCCAGGCUGUCAAGGGCUUUCGCAGUGCCCCUGUAGGAAUUCGACACCGCUUCAGAGGUAGUGCCAAUGCUGUGAGGAUCCAAGCACCCCAGAUUGGAGGUAGCUUUGCAGUGUGGGGAGGCCUGUUUUCCACCAUUGACUGUGGCCUUGUACGGCUGCGGGCCAAGGAAGACCCCUGGAACUCCAUCAGCAGUGGAGCCUUGACUGGAGCAGUAUUGGAUGCGCACAGUGGUCCGCUGGCGAUGGUGGCCUCUGCGAUGAUGGGGGGCAUCCUGUUGGCCCUCAUUGAGGGUGUUGGCAUCCUUCUCACUCGCUAUACUGCCCAGCAAUUCCGCAAUGCACCCCCUUUCUUGGAGGACCCCAGCCAGCUAACCCCUAAAGAGGGAGCUCCGGCCCCAGGUUAUCCCAACUACCAGGAGUACCACUGAGGAAGCCGCUGCCUGCCCUGCCGCCGUGGGAGCUGCUCCUCAGUUCCCUCCCGGAUGAUCUACCUCCAAGGGAGGACUGGCUCCUACAUACCCGAGACCCUCCAGAGAGGGCCUCUAUUCGACUCCCUUGUUCUGUGGUAAGGGUGGGGAUACCCCAGCAGCCUUGUCACCUGGGUCCCCUUUUUUUGUCUCUCAGGGCACCCCAGCCUCACACACAUCCCAUAUCCUCUCUCUGUGUGGCACCCUGUGUGAAUGUUUAAAGUCAGUUUUGAAAUGUCAAAAAAAAAAAAAAAGGUUGAAUCUUUGCUGGGUAGUGGUGUGUAGCAGGGUCCUUGUUGUUGUUCCCUUUAGGGGCGGGGGCCAAGUAGGCACAGAGUCAAACCACACAGACUCCGGGAGAAUGUCUAAACAAGCUCAGUUUAUUCAGGA